CAAGCAGGAGUAUUUAAAACCAACACUGUAUUAGCGUAUGACGACAACCUACAACUUGUAGCCUGGGGUUAUCCAGCCCUGGCUCAAGAACCUCCAAAGAAAAAAAAGGCGUUAGCUAAGCCGCAGCCUAAACCAGUAGAAUUAUUCAAAUUACAUCUUGCUGGUAUAAAGGAAGAAGAUAAACCACCACUUCCUCCAGGUUUAGAUGCAAAGAGGGUCAUUACUGACUAUUUACAUGAGAUGAAUAAACUCAUUUUAGAAACAUUAAAUUCUCGAUGGCCAGGUACUGUGGAUCUUACAACCAGAACUUUAUUACCCGGCAUGAAACUUGGUGAAAUUACUGAACGUAGUGGUGAUCUAUGUGGUAGUUCUUAUGUUGACCGUGAAUUCCUCAAGUUCCUUGGUCGAAAAUUAGGAUUCGCUGCAAUGAAAAAACUAAAAGAAAAUCACUAUGGACAAAUGCAAUAUUUGGUCCAACAAUUUU